AUGUGCGAUCGGCGCAAGGUGUCGUGUGGUGGGUAUAAGAAGGACUUCAAAUGGCGACCUUUCGAAGAGACGAACUUGGCUGUUGGUCGCCCGACUACCAUCAAACCGACAAAGAAGGCCAACAAUCAUUCUCACCUACUAAACUCCCUCGCAAAUCCGGAGGACUUCCCUACUCCUCCAAUUACUGAACUUGCAGUCUCGCCGAACCGAGCGCAGUCGAAUCCUGCAAACACAUCACCCAGAGAAUCAUCUUUGCUAGGCUCACCAGGAAGCAUCAAAAGCUAUGUAUCUGGCGAUGCCCAUUCCCUUGAUGAGUUCCAGGUGAUGCCAGAGCAUUUAUCCGCAGCCGAGGAUAUAGUCCAUGGCAUCACUGCGUCCAACUCCAUGGAUACAGAUUCAUGUCAUUUUCUGCCUUUUCUUGAGACGUUCCAAGGAGCUGCACCGUUUGACGACGAGAUGGUCCUAGAUACGAAUGUUGAAACCACUUCAGGUCCAAUGACCUUUGGCCCGGCAUACCAACAACCACCUGACUUAGACUUCAACUUCUCCCAACUACUGGACGAGGAUAAUGGAGAAAUCGAAGAGAUAAUUCGACAAUCAAAUGCAAGCUCAAACCAAUGGGGCUUCCCAUUCUCCGCCCAGGGCAAUAACAUCUUUGAUUUUUCACGUCUCCCAGGCCAACCAUCGUUGGCACCAGAAAGCCAAGAAAUGCUGGCCAUGCGCUUUGAUAAGUUGACAUGCGGUAUUUUGUCAGUCAAGGAUGGCAGGACAGAAAACCCAUGGAGGACGCUGGUUUGGCCUCUUGCUAAGGAAACACCCGCUCUAUAUCAUGCUCUGUUCGCACUAUCUGCCUUCCACUCCGCCAAAGAAAACCCUUCUCUGCGAGUCCAAGGUGUCAAGCACAUGCGAAAGAGCAUGACAUGUCUUCGAGAACAAAUUCAAAGUAUGAGGACUGAAACGGCGCUGGCGACUAGUCUUGCGCUAGCGUUUGCCGAUACCUGGGACCACAAUACUCGGACCUGUGUUCAGCAUCUACGAGGGGCGAAGGUGUUGAUGCAGCAGGUACUGAAUGUGGGCGUCCAGGGUGGACAGAGCAACGACAGACUUGAUCGCAUUCGCUUCUUGUAUAAUACCUGGACCUAUAUGGAUGUUCUUGCGCGGCUUACUUCUUUGGAUGAGUCAGGGCAAGAUGAUCUUACUCAGGAUAUCUUUCAAUUACCCGGUGAUGCUGUCCAUGAGAUUGAUCCGUUGAUGGGAUGUGCAGCCACUCUUUUCCCUCUCAUCGGCCGAGUCGCAAGACUGGUCCAGCGAGUGCGAAAAUGCUCCUCAAAUUCGGUCUCUAUCGUGUCGCAAGGAAUGGAGCUCAAAUCACUUGUGGAGCAGUGGGAGCCUCCGCAUUGGUUUGAACCGCCAGAAGACCCAACAUCCGAAGUGCAGCACAGCAUCCAAGUGGCACAUGCGUAUCGCUGGGCCACAUUGCUCUACCUUCAUCAAGCCGUGCCGGAGAUGCCAUCCGAACCGGCCGAGGAACUAGCGAAGCGUGUAUUGAUAUUGCUAGCCACAGUACCUCCUACGUCACGGACAACCAUCAUUCAAAUGUUCCCUCUUAUCGCUGCCGGGGCUGAAGUCGACGAUGAGGAUGAUCGGAGAUGGGUUAUGGAUAGAUGGUUCACUGUUCAGUCUCGGCUAAUGCUCGGUGGGAUCGACCGUUGCCUUGAUGUUGUACGUGAGGUGUGGGCUCGCCGUGACAAACUCAAUGCCCAGAGGCAACGGCAGCAGAACCAAUGUGCUACCUCAUGUGCUGGAUCUUUCUCUUGCGAGAGCAGAGGAAAUACCAACCCCAAAUUCGGAUCUUCCGAGAGCAAAAACAAUGGAAGAAACUUUCAUAACCGUGGCAAUUCCUGUGAUCAGCUCGAGAAAUCUACGGUAGGGGUACCAGGAGUUCCUGCCAAAUCUGGGUCUUCUCGGCGGGGCUCUGCUCUUUCGCCUUUGGAGAAUAUCGAAUUUGAGAGAACAGUCCGAAGCAGAUUGCAUUGGGUGAAUGUUAUGGGAGAAUGGGGCUGGGAGGUUUUCCUUGGGUGA